CUCCUAUUCCAUGCCUGGUGGAGUUGCGUGUUCUAUUAUAGGGUAUCAUAUCUCGAGACAUACGGAAAAUACAGACAGCAGAAGAACGAUGGUGUUAUUCUUGAACCCAUUCAGGAAUCCUCGUUCGGCCCGGACUGGAAGUAAUGCAGCACUGCUUUCAUUGUGUAGACCUCGAAUGAUCGCCCGCAUUGCUCGUGUGACAAGCUUGUCCCAGUCACAGAAAUGUCAAUUCUCGUUAGCGUCGUCUCUUUGUCAGAAUAGCCAAUAUACACGACCACCGAAGACGCUACCCGGGUUCUCUCUUGAAGGGCAGACUUGUAUUGUCACCGGAGCAGCUCGUGGUCUCGGAAAGGAGUUUCUUACUGCUUUUGCUCGAUCGGGCGCAAAUGGAGCAUGUAUCGAUCUCAGUCUCCCUGCAGCAACAUCAUCCAUUGAACAUAUAACCUCCCAGGUGAAAACUAGCUCUCAAUCAAAAGGAAUAAACCUUAAACCAUAUUCCUGUGACGUGACUUCCGAAUCUCAAGUGCAAUCCACCAUCAACCAGAUAAUCAAAGACUUUGGCAAAAUCGAUGUCCUCGUCACGGCAGCAGGGAUAGUUGAUAACGUUCCUGCAGAGGAUUACUCGUAUGCCAAGUGGCGAAAAUUGAUGGACGUUAAUCUUGAUGGAUCAUUCUUGUGUGCGAGGGAAGUUGGGAGGCAUAUGAUUCAGCAGAAGAAUGGUGGGAGUAUUAUCCUGGUAGGGAGUAUGUGUGGUGAUGUUUGUGUGAGGCCUCAGAAGCAGGCUGCGUAUAAUGCUAGUAAAGCAGCUGUCAUCAUGCUCGCGAAAUCUCUGGCCACCGAGUAUGUAUCCCACUAUUCUACUCUAAAAUGUAGGUACACCCACUGAUAGGAUGAUACUAGAUGGGCACCCCAUUCAAUCCGGGUCAACACACUAUCACCAGGAUACAUGCACACAGAUCUCAUAAUUGAUCUUCUGGACAAACAAGGAAGCGAACUAGUUGAGCAAUGGAAGGAGCAUACCCCGAUGCGCAGAAUGGGUCGUCCGUCUGAGUUGCAAGGCGCUGUUGUGUGGAUGGCGAGUGAAGCGAGUAGUUUCAUGACGGGGGCUAAUAUAGUUGUGGAUGGGGGUUAUAGUUGUUAUUGAUCUUGAUAGAGCUGGUAGGUGUAGGCUUCUGAUAUUCCGAUAGAGCCUGAUAGGU